UUUUCUCAAAAAGGUCCCACUAGCCCCGCACUUUUCACUUUCCCUUUCCUAAAAAGACGAUGAUCCUCGUAGGAAUCCCUAACCCACCUUAAAUUCCAAUCCGUUCUUUUUCCUAUUCGAAUCUGUUCGAUUCACCCAUCAAUUUCUCCUCAUUUGAUCAAUUUUUUUUUUAGUUCAUCUGGUUAAUGGGAUUUGUUGGUGAAUUUAUUUUGAAAUCAAGUUGUUGUUCUAGUUGGGGUUAGUCAAUUUGAGAGAAGGAAAUGAAGAGAGGGAAAGAUGAUGAUAAGAUCAUGGGUCCAAUGUUCCCUAGACUUCAUGUUAAUGAUGCUGAGAAAGGAGGACCUAGAGCACCGCCCAGGAACAAGAUGGCCCUUUAUGAGCAGCUCAGUAUUCCUACUCAGAGGUUCAAUCAUGCUGCUUUCCCUCCGUCUUCUGACAAUAGCAACUUGGUUCCUCCAGUUUCCUCAAGCCAGGGGAGUGGUCGCGAAAGAAAUUUUCUUUUCCCUCGUCCUGUGCAACCUCCAACAGCCUCCCAUCAGGUUGAGAAGUUUCAUGGACGUCAACCUGCUGGAGCAACUUUGAACAGUCAUUUACCACAGCUUGAGGAAAGAAAGAAGGUAGGCAAUGAUGAUGAUUUUACAGUUCCUGUAUAUGUUCACUGCGAGAUAGAUCAAUGCCAUAGUAAAACCCAAAAUGGCAUUCAUAGGGGAAAAAUCUCUCCCUUAACCCAAACUUAUCCAGAUCAUUCAACGAAUUUGCAAAAUAUUUGUGAUAAGGAUCCCAAUUCAAGACAUGAGACUAGACACCAAGGUGAAGAAAACCCCAAAAUUUGCAUCUCAAAUAGAGACCAGUCAGUAAAAUCUUCUGCAAAUUUAUCAGCCAGAGAUAGAGUUGAUGGACUUGCAAAGGAAGCUAGUGCAUUACCAAUUCAAGAGUUUGUAGAUCUCCCUGGAUCUUAUUUUAGCGGGUUAAAUGACAGUUAUGUUUCGUUACAACAUGAAUCUGGAGCUGGGUUGCAACAAAAUGACCGUGGACAUUGUGAUGGUGAUGAGUCUGGGAGGGAUAUUGAGAAGGAAAUUGUUCCCAAGACAAGAAGUGGUGCCUGUACAAGGGAAGAGCAUAGCAGUCCCAGCGAGCCUGUUAUUGAUAAUGAUUAUCAUGGAACCAAUACUUGUGGGUCACUAAAGUUCAGAAAUGGAGACAAAAGCGAUGAUGUCUCGGAGACCUCCAUGGUGGAUUGUAUAUCAGGCUUGGAUAUCACUCCCGAUGAUGUUGUAGGAAUAAUAGGUCAAAAACAUUUCUGGAAAGCUAGAAAAGCAAUCACCAAUCAACAAAGAGUGUUUGCGGUUCAAGUAUUUGAGUUGCAUAGACUGAUUAAGGUCCAACAACUGAUUGCUGGAUCACCACACCUAUUGCUUGAGGACAGUCCCUAUCUUGGCAAAUCUUCUUUAAUUGCUUCUCCAGCAAAGAAACUUCUGCCGGAGUAUGUUGUAAAACCACUACCACAUAUCAUUAAGUGUAAAGAUGAUUCUGAGAAGCCUCUCCAUAAGAUGGAAUGUUCUGCGGAAAAUGCAGUUGGGAAGACAUUUCUUUCUUCUCUGAAAAAGGGUAGUCAGCCUUCAAAUUACGGGCCUUACCUUGCAAACCCACCAUCAGCAGCCAUGGCUGGUGAUUCCAGAAUAGGCCCGUGGUGUUUUCAUCAAUCACCCGGGCAUCAGUGGUUAGUUCCAAUCAUGUCCCCUUCCGAAGGGCUUAUAUACAAACCAUAUCCUGGUCAUGGAUUUAUGGGAGCAGGUUGUGGGACAAGAUGCGGGCCUUUUGGGCCAACUCCCGAAACUGGUAACUUUAUGAAUCCAGCCAUUGGAAUGCCAUCUCCUCAUCAUCAUCAAGAAAUUGGGGUGAUACCGGGUGCUCAUCCAGUUGGUCAUAAUUACUUCCCUCCUUAUGGCAUGCCAAUAAUGAACCCAUCUAUCUCAGGUUUAGCUACUGAACAAGACAACCAGUUUGCUGGACACGGUCCACAUGGUCAAAAUGGUCAGUUAUCUGGAGGGGGAGCUAACUUUAACAUGCAGCGUGAAAGCUCAUGCAAUGUUCCGGCCCAGAAGAGUGGAGCUAUUCCACAAGUAAUGAAGUUUCGGGCGUCUAAAGACACAGAGCUACAAGGAAGUACAGCUAGUAGUCCAGGUGAGAGAACGCAAGGUGAAGGGAGAGGUCCAGCUGUCGAAGGAAGAGAUUCACUUCCACUGUUCAAGAAGGCUCCAGUCGACCAAGAGCGAGUCCCUCAGCCUCAUGAUACAGACCAGCCAACCAAGGUGAUCAAAGUUGUGCCUCACAAUCCUAGAUCAGCUACUGAGUCUGCAGCUCGAAUUUUUCAGUCCAUACAACAAGAGAGGAAACAGUAUGACUCAAUUUAGUUUGCUUGUGUUGAACAAACUCUUUACUGGUUAAUUAUCUGAGACCAUCUGCUUUGGAAUGUUUCCUGGUAAUUUCCCUCUACUUUUUUGGGCAUGAUAUUUUGUAAUUUUCUUUUUAAAAUUGUGAUAUAGUUUAUUCACAUGUAGAUAAAUCACUAGGAUUACAAGUCUGUAAUAUGAAUAUUUGUUUAAAAUUGAUACCAAGUAGAGGGAGAUCUGUAGAGGGGGGAGGAGGAUGGUAUUUUACACUUAGAAACGUGAUAACUAGUUAAUUUGCAACUGUCUUCCCCUCUCAUGUUGUAGACUAUGUAUUAUUGCAGCUGUGGUAAAGAACACUAGAUAUCAUCUAGUGAGGUUUUUUGUUGUAUUUA